GUGAAAGCAAACCCGGGCCCUAUCAGCGGGGGGAUGGCUCCUAUCUACGGUGCCGCAGGGAAGAUGCCGGACAGAGGCACGGUGAGGGAGCUUCUUGUGGAGUUCAUGGACAGCUCUUGCUAAAACUGAUUAUGGCUUGUGAAUAACAGUCGCAUUGUUGUGAUUUGUUUGUUGCCUUGGCAACACAAAGUUACUUACCAUUGGAAAGGGGAAAUAGGCAGUGAGGCGUUACACCGUAUGUAUACAAGAUCACAAGAACUGAGUGAGCAUAGCUGUGCAAUGGAGUGUCUGUAUGAUUGUACAUCAAUAUCAGAGCAUGCCUAUGCAAAUGCAAUGUACAAUGCACCCACCAGACUUACACAUGUAUCUUUUUCCAAUAAAACAUUGUCACAUUUCAGGUGUAUUUUUUAAAAAUAAAUCAUUUCAGGUGUAUUUAUAAUGGCACCUGACAGAAGAAGAGACAGAAUCUUUAUAAUGGCACCUGCUCGUAAACGCAUGAUAGAAGGCACACUCCUGUACUCCCUCAGUCCCAAAAUAAAUGUAAUUCUAGAGUUCAAAAUUUGUCUCACAAAAUUUUUUAACUUUGACCCACCUAGCACAUAAGACAAGCAAAUUUCCAGAAGAUUCUCACAUAAGACAACUAACACCUCUUUCACUUAUCACAAAAGACAAAGGGUAUUUUUGUAAUUUCACACUAUGCUUUGGUUUUCGUGUCCAGUCUUAUAAUUGCAUUUAUUUUGGAACGGAUGAAGUAUGAUGCUAGUGUGGCAUACAGCCCACACAUGUGUGUGUUCUUCUUUGCAUUAACAUUAAUGAAAAUAAAAGUAUGAGAAGAAUUAAGAGGCAAUUUUUGUUUCUGAUUCGUGCAUUGAGAAUUGAUCACGAGUUUUGAUAUUAAUCCGGCACCAUUUACGCGGCAAUUUGGGGAUGAAAAAGAUCGGCCAAGAGGAGUACGUUUUCGUGAGGCUAAUAGUACGUCUAUGCUUCAAACAAACGUGUUCAGAAAAGGUGCUCGCAGCAUAAAAAGACCGCGCACUUUCAGGAUUUGAACCAACGAACUUCCCCCUGCCGGUGAGGGACGGUUUCCUGCUCCGUCCGGCACGGUGGUUGGUGAGAUCGGCAUCAGGCGGGCGCCGCCGGAGUACAACAGAGGAAGGGCGGUGGCAGCAACUGGGGCGGGGCGGCCCGGGCGGGGCUGAGCCGCUGAGGAGGUGACGCGGAUUACCUAUGCCGCCAUGCGCCUAUUCAAGCCAUACGCCGCCGCCGCCGGCAGCGUCGCCUCGCGCUUCGCCGGCGCCUCCACGCCGCUGGACGCGCGCAUGGUCAAGGCGGUCCUCGACCCACUCGCCUGCCGCCUCAACCUCGAGUUCAACUCGCUCAUCUCCUCCGGCCGCGACGACAGAGCCCGCAAGGUGUUCGACAAGAUGCCCGAGAAGACCGUCCAAUCCCUCAACCGCAUGCUUUGGGCGUACUUCAGGUCCGGCGACCUCGCCGCCGCCGAGGACCUGUUUGGUGCGUCGACCUGCCGCAACGCCGUCACCUGGACCAUCAUGAUGGACGUGGCCACCGCGGGCGGGCGUGGCUCCAAUGCCGUGUCGGUCUUCCGCGACAUGCUCAGGGAGGGCGAUGCGCCUGACCAUGUUGCCGUCUCCACCGUGCUCAAGGUGCCUGGAUGCGAUGUCGCGUCGCUCCAUCCCUUGGUCACCAAGCUCGGCCUUGGCACCAGCCUCAUUGUCUGUAACACGCUGAUCGAUGCGUACUGCAAGCAAGGCUUCGUUGCUGCUGGCUGGGGAGUCUUCCUGGAGAUGCCAGAGAGGGACACGGUCUCGUACAAUGCCAUGAUGAUGGGGUGCUCCAAGGAGGGGCUGUACAGGGAGGCACUUGGGCUAUUUGCGGGGAUGCGACGUGAAGGCAUUGACACCUGCCAGUUCACGUUCUCGAGUAUGCUGACUGUGGCAACAGGUAUGGUUGAUCUCCACCUUGGACGUCAGAUUCACGGUCUUGUUGUGAGAGCCGGCUCAGCACAUGAUGUCUUUGUCAACAACUCAUUGCUUGAUUUCUACUCGAAAUGCGAUUGCCUUGGUGAUCUGAAGCAGCUGUUUCGUGAGAUGCCAGAUCGGGACAAUGUUUCGUACAAUAUGAUGAUCUCAGCCUAUGCUUGGAACCAAUGUGCCGACAAGGUUUUGCAGUUAUUCAGGGAGAUGCAGGAAAUUGGAUUUGACAGGCGGGGCUUACCAUAUGCUAGCUUACUGAGUGUAGCUGGGUCACUGCCUGACAUUGAGAUUGGGAAACAAAUACAUGCUCAAUUGGUACUUCGUGGCCUUGCUUUGGACAAUCUUGUAGGGAAUGCCCUGAUUGACAUGUACUCAAAAUGCGGUAUGCUGGAUACAGCAAAGACUAUUUUUGCAAACAAAAGUGAAAAAACUGCCAUCUCGUGGACCGCAUUGCUAACCGGUUGUGUCCAGAAUGGUCAGCAUGAGGAAGCACUGCAAUUAUUCUGUGACAUGAGAAGAAUUGGUCUAAGGCCUGAUAGGGCAACUUGUUCUAGCAUUAUGAAGGCUUCCUCAAGCCUGGCAAUGAUUGGGCUAGGAAGGCAGCUGCAUUCUUACCUCACAAAAUCUGGCCACAUGUCCAGUGUGUUCUCAGGUAGUGCCCUUCUCGACAUGUACGCAAAAUGUGGCUGUUUGGAUGAAGCCAUCAGGACAUUUGAUGAGAUGCCUGAGAAGAAUUCCAUCACAUGGAACGCUGUUAUUUCAGCCUACGCACACUAUGGACAGGCAAAGAAUGCCAUCAGGAUGUUUGAAAGCAUGCUCCACUGUGGUCUUUAUCCAGAUUCAGUCACCUUCUUGAGUGUGCUAGCAGCCUGUGGUCACAAUGGUCUUGCGGAAGAAUGCAUGAAAUACUUCGACCUUAUGAAAUAUUCCUAUAGCAUGUCACCCAGGGUGGAACACUAUUCUUGUGUUAUUGAUACCUUGGGUCGUGCAGGCUAUUUUGAUAAAGUUCAGAAAGUGUUGGAUGAGAUGCCAUUUGAGGCUGGUCCAAUAAUAUGGAGCUCCAUUCUUCACUCAUGCAGGAUCCAUGGAAACAAAGGUUUAGCUAAAAUGGCUGCCGAAAAAUUGUUCAUUAUGACGCCCACAGAUGCGACACCCUAUGUUAUACUGUCCAACAUAUAUGCUAAAGCUGGUCAUUGGGAGGAUGCUGCACGUGUGAAAAAGAUUAUGAGAGAUAGAGGAGUUAGGAAAGAUUCGGGUAACAGUUGGGUUGAAAUCAAUCAAAAGAUCUACAGCUUUUCUUCAAAUGAUCAAACCAACCCAAUGAUAGCUGAGAUGAAAGAAGAGCUUGAGAGGUUGUACAAAGAGAUGGAUAAACUAGGCUAUAAGCCCGACACUAGCUGUGCCUUACAUCUGGUGGAUGAUGAGCUAAAGCUGGAGUCGUUGAAAUACCACAGCGAGAGAUUAGCCAUUGCGUUUGCACUGAUUAACACCCCACCUGGGACACCAAUUAGGGUUAUGAAAAAUCUUAGUGCCUGCCAAGACUGCCAUGCCGCCAUCAAGAUGAUAACUCAAAUUGUGAACAGAGACAUUAUUGUAAGAGACUCACGCAGAUUUCACCAUUUCAAGGAUGGUGUUUGCUCUUGUGGAGACUAUUGGUAGGAAUUCGGCGUGCUGCGUAGUUUGAUCAAACUAAUAAAAAUGCAUACUGAAUACGCUGAAGCUCAAGCAAAGAUUUACAGGAGCACAUGUGUCAGAGCUGAAGACAUCCCUGAAUGCGAAAAUUGAGGCAUGACUGCAUUGGCGUUCGGCCUAGUUGUGAUUGACAUAAUCAAAAGGUUGUUAUCUGUAUUCGGCCUGGAUACCUAGCAGGUUAGUUCCUUCAAUUUUGUUGAUACACUUUCAUCUGUGACUGAUAUUGUCUUGAAAUCUUUGAUGUCAGAAACCUCAAUUUAAACACUUGCGCUAGAAGCACGAGUAGCUUGUAACUUGUAACACAAUAGCAUGUGUUGUAAGUAAAAUGUGUACUAUAGUGGAAAGGCAAAUUGGCCAGGAAGGAAUGCGGCCACGUACUAAUUAGUGGUGCAACAAACCACUAAAUAGCAAAAUCUCAAUUUUUCCCCACGAGAUAUUGAGCAUUGCUUAUCACAUUGUCUGAUCAACAUCAACAACAUCAACAAAGCCUUUUAAUCCCAAACAAGUUGGGGUAGGCUAGAGUUGAAACCUAACAAAGACCAUUAUUUAUGGUUCUGGCACGUGAAUCGUGGCUUUCCAAACACUCCUAUCCAAGGACAAAUCUCUAGGUAUACUCCAGUCUUUCAAGUCUCUUCUAAUUGUUUCUUCCCAUGUCAACUUCGGCCGGCCCCUGCCUCUCCUCAUAUUACCGUCGUGCUUUAGGAUACCACUAUGCACUGGUGCCUCUGGCGGUCUCCGUUGGACAUGUCCAAACCAUCUCAGCCGGUGUUGGAUAAGAUUUUCUUCAAUUGGUGCUAUCCCUAGCCUAUCCCGUAUAUCAUCAUUUCGAACUCGAUCCAUCCUUGUAUGCCCACAAAUCUAACGCAACAUGCGUAUUUCUGCAACACUUAAUUGUUGGACGUACCGCCUUUUUGUAGACCAACAUUCCGCACCAUACAACAUUGCCAGUCUAAUCGCCAUUCUAUAAAACUUGCCUUUUAACUUCUGAGGUACCUUCAUGUCACAAAGGACGCCAGAUGCUUGGCGCCACUUCAUCCAUCCUGCUUUGAUUCUAUGACUAACAUCCUCAUCAAUAUCUCCAUCUCUCUGUAGCAUCGAUCCCAAAUAUCGAAAGGUAUCCCUCUUGGGCACUACUUGGCCUUCCAAACUAACAUCUCUCUCCUCAUGAGUGGCGCCGAAGUCACACCUCAUAUACUCAGUUUUAGUCCUGCUAAGUCUAAAACCUUUGGACUCUAGCGUUUGCCGCCACAACUCCAGCUUCCUAUUCACUCCGCACGGCUUUCAUCAACUAACACGACAUCAUCAGCGAAAAGCAUACACCAAGGAAUAUCACCUUGUAUGUCUCUUAUGACCUCAUCUAUCAACAACAACAACAACAACAACAUAGUCUUUUUUCCCAAGCAAGUUGGGGUAGGCUUGACCUCAUCCAUCACUAGGGCAAAAAGAUACGGGCUCAAAGCUGAUCCUUGAUGUAGUCCUAUCUUAAUCGGAAAGUCAUCUGUGUCACCAUCACUUGUUCGGACCCUAGUCAUUACAUUAUUGUACAUGUCCUUAAUGAGGGCCACAUACUUUGUUGGGACUUUAUGCCUAUCCAAAGCCCACCACAUCACAUUCCGUGGUAUCUUGUCAUAAGCCUUCUCCAAGUCAAUGAAAACCAUGUGUAGGUCCUUCUUCCGCUCUCUAUACCGCUCCAUGACAUGUCUUAUUAGGAAAAUUGUUUCUAUGGUUGACCUUCCAGGCAUGAAACCAAACUGGUUCAUAGUGACCCGCGUCAUCCCUCUCAAACGAUGCUCAAUAACUCUCUCCCAUAGCUUCAUAGUAUGGCUCAUCAACUUAAUUCCCCGGUAGUUGGUGCAGCUUUGAAUAUCCCCUUUGUUCUUUUAGAUCGGCACCAAUAUACUCCUCCACUCUUCAGGCAUCUUGUUCGACCGAAAAAUACGGUUGAAAUUUUUUUGUUAAGCCAAACUAUAGCUAUAUCACCUAAGCACCUCUACACCUCGACUGGAAUACCAUCAGGGUCUGUCGCCUUACCUCCUUUCAUCCUUUUCAACGCCUCUUUGACCUCAGAUUCUCGAAUCCUCCUCACAAAGCGCCUGUUGGUGUCAUCAAAAGAGUCGUCCAGCUGAAAAGUUGUCUGAUAUAGAGAGAAUUAGAUGGUUAGCCAAGUAACCAACUGAGAUAUGGUUCUUUGUGGUGGAACCUGCUUACCUAGAAUUACAUUGGUACUUGCAUUUCCGAUAAAUAUUAGGGAAACAUACCAGCUACCAACAGUGAGAUGCCUCGUCAAUCUCAAAAUCUACCGACCAAUCUCUUAAAAAUAUUCAUAGAGGUAGGAUGUGCAUGUGUGCGUGCAUGUAUUUAUGAACAGUGUUCAAAAAAAAGAAAAGGAAAAAAAUAAGAUGGUUUAACUUAUCAGAUAUUGACUGGUGGAGAUGUAUAAAUUAUGAUGCACCAGCACCACCAGUGUAAAACUGCGUGUUUUAAAACUGAAAGAAAAAGAAUCUGUGGUGCUGAUCUGAAAAUAAAAAUAAAUCUGUGCAUAGUUCGGAGGUAUGGGCACUAAUCUGAAAAACCCUUGGAGGCGUGGACUGGACUGCAGCGAAUUUGGCGAGGCAGCGGCUGAACCAAUGGUGCAGAGACGGCCGCGCUCACCCAGUUGAGGCUGAGGGAGACUGCUUGGCUGAUGGCUGCAGUUGGCCUGACCAAGCGGUCUGAAAUGGAGCACGUCAGUCACGCACGCAAAAAUUACAGUGUGCUGGCCGUGGCCUCGGAUUUUUUCUUGCGACGAAGGAUGGAAGGGAAGGGAAGAAAGGAAAUGCGCGGCCAGGACAUCUGCUCUGAAUCUCCGAUCAGCAGAUAAAAUCAGCACGAUCGCGACGAGCGAAGAUUUUUUUCCUUUCUUCCCAAAAUUGUUUUUUUUUUCUGGUACUACUAGUUGCAUUGCGGAGCAGUAAAUCAGCACAAGUUACCUGCUGGGCUUGGUUAAUUCGGCUCUUGGCCGCCCGUACGUCUCCGCCCGCCGUCUUUCUCAUCCUCCGCGGGCGGUGGCUGCGAGCGCGUGCGUGCCUUACCUUGCCUUGCUCUCGAUUCAUGGGCAUGGCGGCUUCGCCGGCUUGUGCUCCGGGCCUCAUCUCCGGCCCCACGCUCCCUCCCCAGCCCGUUGCCUUCCGCUGCUGCUGGGCCCCAAAGCCUUCCUCGUCGUCGUCCACCUCCAGGCGCCCGCGGGGCAGGCGCGUACUCGUGCUUGCAGCUGCCUCCGCCCGCGCCUCCCCUGCGGCCGCUCGGGGCCUCGACGCCGACGACUUCCGCCACCCGCUCGACAAGCAGAACACUUUGCUGCUAAGAGCGAUCCCCGGCCUUAACGACGUGGGCAAGGCUUUGCUAGGGCCAGUCUCUGAGCAAGUUAUGGUCCUCCAGAACAUCGGGUCGUCUGUUCUUGUCUCUCCAAACCAGGUCUGCCAGGCAAACUAGUCAUCUCUCAGAUAGGCUGUUUCAUUUUUUUUUCACCAAUCUGUUCGGAGUGAAAUUCUUACACAGUUGAGAGUACACUAGAUUGACUGACAUCAGUACCAUUGAAGAAUAAUAUUUGUACUGUUUCCUGAGCUAGCAAGUUGUUGGUUUCACCAGGCUACUGUAAUGCAAGACACUGAUUAUGUGUUUACUCUUCACAGCUGCCAGAUCUUCACCAGCUCCUGGAAGAGGCUGCCAAACUCUUGAACACAGAAGCUCCUGACUUGUACAUAAGGCAGAAUCCUGUUCCUAAUGCUUACACCUUAGCAAUCAAUGGCAAAAAGCCAUUUAUAGUUGUCCAUACGAGCCUCGUGGAGCUUCUUACUAGAAAAGAAUUGCAGGCUGUUUUGGCUCAUGAGUUGGGUCACCUAAAGUGCGAUCAUGGCGUGUGGCUUACCUUUGCCAACAUACUAACGAUGGGAGCAUAUACUGUCCCUGGUUUUGGCAUGGUUGCUGGCUUCAUGGAAGAGCAGCUGUACAGAUGGCUGCGAGCUGCAGAGCUGACUUGCGACAGAGCAGCUCUUCUUGUGGUGCAAGACCCAAAAGUUGUCAUCUCUGUUCUGAUGAAACUGGCCGGAGGAUGCCCAUCUCUUGCUGAUCAACUAAAUGUGGAUGCCUUCUUGGAGCAAGCUCGUUCGUAUGACAAAGCUGCAUCGAACCCAGUUGGGUGGUACAUCCGGAAUGCUCAAACCAGAGAGCUUUCACACCCUUUGCCUGUGAUGCGAGCUCGUGAGAUCGAUGAGUGGUCAAGGAGUCAGGAGUAUAAGACCCUAAUGCAAAAAUGGCUUCAGAUGGGGCUAAACAGAGUAUAGCUAAUGUGAGACAUGAAAAAAGGACUAUGAAACGGAAUGUUUGGAUUGGAGAAAGCUGGUGCUGCCGAAUAACAUACACAAACAUGGACAUAUACUGUAUAUAUUUGCGCUUGAAAUUAGUUUUCUUGUAUAUGAUCUCUUUUUCUUUCCUUCUGUGACUGGUGCACUCUUGUAAUUAGAACUAGAGUUAAUAAAAGUUCAUGGAAUUA